AUGCGCUGAUAUUUACAGAAACUCCACCAAAAGUCGUGGAAGUUAAUAAAGGGCCAGUAAAUUUGACAUGGAAAUUUAAAUACCCAAACGAGGGAAAACCAGUCGUCUUAAUGUCUUCAGUUGUAAUGGACAUCAUCGUCAACUACGUCAAGCAAGAUUUAGGUCCAAAAUCUGGGGUGGUUAGGGUUUUCGUCAGAAUGUUCCCUGGUGUUGGCCCAUUCCAAUUAUCAUUAGACCUACUACAAACAAGCGGGGACAAAAUACGCCACAUAUCAUUCACCGUUACUUUAAAAAUUAAUAAGAAAGGUAAUUGA